AUAUUUAUUUAUCAUCUCAAUUUGGGUAAAUAUCAUCAAACAUGGUCAGUAAUAAGUAAAAUCAUGCAUACGCUUACCAACACUGCGUAUAAGUAUUAGAAACGCAAAGCUUUAGUCGUCGACAGCUGGAACAAAAAAUUCAUUUUCGUUUUUUCAUCGACAACUUGCAGUUCGCUGCCUCGCGCCUAGAACAGUUUUCCCAUAGUUGUUACUUAAUUUAUUAGCUUUUACACGUGCCAAGUAGUUAAUUGCAGUGAGCUAAUCUGUUUUAGUAAAACCAUUAUUCUGCACCAUUGCUCUGAGCUAUGAAUCGGCAGUUACAUAAGGAACGGAUAGAUGGCUAAUCGGAAAUAAUACUUUACUGAGGACCGAUCACGAGAAAAUUUCGUCAGCUAUAAUUCUGGGAAGCAAUCAAGAAGAGAUACAGCGCGUCGGAGUCGGAAACAAACAAAAUAUUAAUCGUCUGGCAAAAAACGAGAGAAAAUAUGAGCUCGGCAACAACUAAGCAAAGGCAGAAAUGUUUAAACUGUAGCAGUGGCAGCAACAAAAGCAGCAACAACCACAAAAACUGUGCGCCUAGCAACAAGAUAAAUUCGGCGAACGAUUUCCUUUGAUUUGCGCCCAUGCGUCAGCAUUUCUAAAGCCAAAGAAUUGUAAAUAGCCCGUAGUUUUUAGUACAAUUCACACGCACAAGUGAAUACCCACACAAGUUGAGCAGCGCCUAAACCUAAGAUACAGAUAUUGCAACAGUAAUACAGAUACACAAAAGUCACAUCUGAGAAAUCGAAAGGAAAUCAAAGCACAAAAUGAAUUCAAUUAAAGCACAAUCCAGCGUCCCCAGCAAUCCCAAGAAGUUCAAUGUUUUCGAACAUGUGAAAUACGAGCACCUGGUGGCCGGUGUAUCCGGCGGUGUGGCCUCCACACUAAUCCUACAUCCACUGGAUCUGAUAAAGAUUCGAUUUGCAGUCAACGAUGGUCGUACAGCCACGGUUCCACAAUACCGGGGAUUGGGUAGCGCCUUCACUACCAUUUUCCGGCAGGAGGGUUUCCGUGGACUCUACAAAGGUGUCACUCCCAAUGUCUGGGGAUCGGGCUCCUCCUGGGGUCUGUACUUCAUGUUCUACAACACCAUCAAGACCUUCAUCCAGGGUGGUAACACAACAAUGCCCCUGGGACCCACCAUGCACAUGCUGGCGGCUGCCGAAUCCGGAGCCCUCACCCUUCUGCUGACGAACCCCAUCUGGGUGGUGAAGACGCGUCUCUGUUUGCAGUGCGACGCCACAAACUGUGCCGAAUACAGGGGCAUGAUCCAUGCCCUGGGCCAGAUCUACAAGGAGGAGGGUGUACGGGGCCUGUACCGCGGUUUUGUGCCCGGCAUGCUGGGCGUCUCCCACGGAGCCAUCCAGUUCAUGACCUACGAGGAGAUGAAGAAUGCCUACAACGAGUAUCGCAAGCUGCCCAUCGACACAAAGCUGGCCACCACCGAAUACCUGGGCUUCGCAGCCGUCUCCAAGCUGAUUGCGGCAGCAGCUACAUAUCCCUACCAGGUGGUUAGGGCGAGGCUACAGGAUCACCAUCAUCGGUACAACGGCACCUGGGACUGCAUCAAACAGACUUGGAGGUACGAGGGCAUUCGGGGCUUCUACAAGGGCCUGCAGGCGAGUCUGACCAGGGUGGUGCCCGCCUGUAUGAUCACUUUCCUGGUCUACGAGAACGUUUCCCACUUAUUGCUGGCCAGGAGGAAACGGCUAGAGGAAGAAGCCACGGCGGAGGAGGAGCACAAAUAGGCCGCCGCGAUGAAGACAGUUCUUUGAAGUUUAACUUCAGGAUUCCGAUUAGUUCCUUAAGAGUUCUUACCUCAGAGUGACAUUUGCCGAAUGUCCAAAGCCAGCCAUGUUGAGCAUGUGCCUCUGGUUAAAUAUUUAUAGGAUUGACUUUUUUUUUUUAAUUGUAAAUAGCUGCUUUAUUCGUUCAAAAAGGAAAGGACUCCUGACAAUAGCUAGUACAAUACAAUAAGAAAUAUAGCUCUAAAUUUUGAGUUCCUCAUAAGAAUUAUACCAAAAUUGUUGUUAAAAAGA